CGAGGGAGUGAGGGAAACUUCCGUUCCCCCCACUCCAGCACGUCCAUGGUAAAAGCAGGCGAUUGUCACGAUUGAAACGGCAAUUUGUUUGCAAAAAACUUGUCGCGCUCGUUGGCUUUGAGUUGACGCCAACCCGGAGUAGGUCGUGAUUGCUGUCAUCGGCGAAACGUGGGCGCUCAACGGAAGGAAGAUCCAUUCCACCUUGUGCUAACUAGCCGGAGCUAGUACACGUACGUUAGCCGGCCGCGGUCGGGCUGCUCGAAUGGCGACAGACAGCAGCAGCAGCAGCAGCAGCAGCAUGUUUUCGGCUCGCUUCGGAGGAUUUCGGCGCUAAAAAGUCCUCAUUGGGGGAAAUCAGCCCGAUCCCGACCAGCUCAUCCCCUCACCGGACUUGCGCUUUCGAAAGGGAUUUAGUGGUGUGUGAAAUUGUUUGCUUGAGGAAGUGGUUCCCUCCAGGAUGAAUGGCUUCAGUACCGAGGAGGACAGCCACGACGGGCCGCCCGCGCCGCCCCUUUACGGCCAGAGCUGCUGCUUGAUCGAGGACGGCGAGCGCUGCGGCCGCUCCGCCGGCAACGCCUCCUUCAGCAAGCGGAUCCAGAAGAGCAUUUCGCAGAAGAAACUCAAGCUGGACAUCGACAAGAGCGUGCGCCACUUGUACAUCUGCGACUUCCACAAGAAUUUCAUCCAGAGCGUGCGCAACAAGAGGAAGAGGAAGACGAGCGACGACGGCGGCGAGUCCCCGGACCAUGACGUGGAGGUGCCAGAGGUGGACCUGUUCCAGCUGCAGGUGAACACGCUGCGGCGCUACAAGCGACACUACAAGCUGCAGACCAGGCCCGGCCUCAACAAGGCCCAGCUAGCCGAGACGGUGAGCCGUCACUUCAGGAACAUUCCGGUGAACGAGAAGGAAACGCUGACCUACUUUAUUUACAUGGUGAAGAGCAGCAAGAGCCGCUUGGACCAGAAGGGCGACGGCGGCGUCGGCGGCAGCAAAGCGCUCGACUAAAAAAAAAAAAAAAAAAAAAAACGACGAGACGAGGACAAACGGCCAAAAACUGGACCCUCUCGCCAAAAAGCACAUCCCGGGAGGACAGUCGCAACCAUCCGCCGACCGUCGUUUGCUUGGCCCAAACCUUUGCGACUCAAGCACCGGCCGGGACUGACUCGCGUUGACUUUGCCUACCGUGUGCCGCCAAAAGGCUCACCGACAGAAUGACGACCCCUUUGACCUCGUCGGGAAAGUCAACAUAACGUACUUCCAAAAAUCCUUUUGUUUUGAACUUAAGGACCAGGACCAGACUGCUGACAUUUUGCAUGUCGUCUUUUCCCCACCAAGAUGCGCACUGCGUAAAGAAAUUGUUCACGCUGAAUGCUAGCACUGGCACGGUAGAUAAAAGCUCUUGGCCCAGUCUUUAACCCUCCUGUUAUUUUGCAGGUAGUAAGUAUUACAUGCCGUGGCUUAAUGUAUGUCAACAACUCCAUUGGAAUGGUGAGUCAUGAAACUAGCUUAAAAAAAAAUCCUCAUUGGGAUUUGUUUUUUCAACAACUUCCAAAUAAUGGGUCAAAUUGACCUAGGAACAAUUUUGGUUCCUUAGAAACAAAUAGGAAUGUUACAUAAAAACCUUCACCCAAAAGCUUAGUGUUGAUUGUUAUAUGUGAAAAGCUAAAAAAAAAAAAAAAACAUGUAACUGUGCGGGUCAAAUUGACCCGUUUACAAAAAUUUUAAGCGUAGUGGUUACAAUACAUGAUUUGUUUUUUUGCUAUAUCCCACUGCUGACACUUUUUGGUGAAUGGGUCAUAUUGACCCACUGUCAAACUUUCUGGCCUUUUUAACGUAAAUUUGCAUAAGUACAUGUUUUGGGGAAUUUGUUUACUCGUUCUGACAGUUAUUGGAUAACGUGUCAAACUGACCCAACUGAUCACUAUUAAUGUAACAGGAGCUUAAAAAAAAUCUCUGAAUUUUAGCGCCAUGAAAAGCUCCAUAACCCGCAAUGUCAACAGAGGGCGCUAAAAGUCACAGUUGAAUUUUUGUAUAUGAAUUCCCAACAAAAUUCGGGGCAACGGUCAAAUGGACCCAGAGAACAUGAUUAGUUUUCCGAAGAAAGCAGCAUAAACAGGAGGGUUAAAUGCACCCGUGAUGAGUGUUUAUCGUCGGAGAGCGAUGCGAUGCGCUUGUUUGUAAUCCUAGAUAGCUGAAGGCUAGCUUUUCUUUGGCUGUAGUUCUUAAACAACAAAACUUGAGCAGGCCUUUCGCUUUAGUCGAACUACAACACCAAGAAAGUGUUUGUACACACUUUUAUUUGGGAUUAUUUUGUUGUUUAUCUAACCCACAUUUUCAGUUUUGCUGUUAAGUUUUCAUUGGCAUCACAUAGCUGAUGACUUCUGUCUUUCUUCACACAUAAGCUGCAUUAACCGUGGUCAUAUUAGAAACCCCACUUGUAUUUAAAUAUGACUGCUUAUCGCUCCUCCUAAUGAAACAAAUAAAUGUACAGGCUUAUACGUGA